UUAAUCCUUGUACAAAAAAUCAAAGUUUUUUAAAACUCACCGAGUCCCUAACUAAAACCCUAACUCGCCCAAAACCUCUCCUCCUUCUACCUUUCUCUACGCCUUUCUCGCACCUCAGCUCCAAAUUCUACAGAGAGAAAGUAAAGAGAGAGAGAUGGGAAGAAGAAGACGAACAGGUGCUUCAUCGCCGUCGCUCUUUGAACGACUUCGUCGUAACAUCGAAUCCUGCAAACACAAAUACACCACUUCCGACGAGAUGGUCGAGUACCUCCGCUCGAACUUCUCCGAAUACGGACGUCUCAAGCUUCAGCCAUUCACCAGAGCCGUUCAACAAACCCUAGAUACAAUGCUCCUGCAGAAUCAGAAGAAGAAGAUCAGCAGAUCAAACAAUCAAGACCCUCCGUCAACGUCGAAUGUCUUUGAAGAUGAAGACAGUCCUCUUCGGAAGAAGAUGAAGAAAGUUGACAUCAGUGAAGAGAGGUUGCAGCGCAUGGAGGCCCAGCACAUUCGGAGGAGGCAAAAAAAGGGUGAUGAUCAAUCCGCGUCUUCAUCGUCAUCGGAUUCGGAAUCUUCAUCGUCGUCCGAGGAAGAUAAUGGAGCUGUUUCGACAUCGGAAGAUGCAAUUUACGGGGAGAGUUUCGAGCCCGAGGUUGAUUUGAUGAAGUCCAUGCUGCGAGCGAGGUACAGUGAAUCGAAGAAGGAUGUGAAACCGAAAACAAAAGCGGUAGAAGAGAAUAAUGUGGAAUUGGAGGAGAAUGUUAAUGAUAAGGCCACCAAGAAGUUUGAUUUGCUUGGAAGAGACAUUGGUUCAGCGAGAAGAGAAGGAAAAUAUAUGAAUGGUGGUGGGGGUGGUGGCGGCGGCGGCGGCGGCGGCGGCGAGGAGGUGAAGGGGAAGGAUGGGCCAAUGUUUAGGGACAUCGGCGGGUUGUCUUCCGUGGUGGAGGAAUUGAAGAUGGAGGUGAUUGUUCCGUUGUUCCAUCCACAGCUGCCACGGUGGCUAGGAGUGAAGCCAAUGGCAGGGAUUUUGUUGCACGGACCACCGGGGUGUGGUAAGACGAAGCUGGCUCAUGCAAUUGCUAAUGAGACUGGGGCUCCUUUUUACAAAAUUUCAGCUACUGAAUUAGUCUCUGGUGUUUCAGGUGCAUCAGAGGAGAACAUUCGGGAGCUUUUCUCAAAAGCACACAGGACUGCACCAUCUAUUGUAUUUAUUGAUGAAAUUGACGCAAUUGCUUCAAAAAGAGAGAAUCUAAAUAGGGAAAUGGAAAGAAGAAUUGUGACACAAUUGAUGACUUGCAUGGAUGAGUCACAUAGGGUUGUACAAGCAGCUGAUGACAAUCCAAAUGCAGAAAGUCCCGAUAGCAAACCUGGUUAUGUUCUAGUAAUCGGAGCUACCAACAGGCCUGACGCUGUUGAUGCUGCAUUAAGGAGGCCUGGACGAUUUGAUCGUGAGAUUGUUUUGGGUGUUCCAGAUGAAAUUGCGAGGGUUGAUAUUCUCACUGUGCUUACACGUAAUCUUAGACUUGAAGGUGCUUUCGAUCUUGUGAAAAUAGCCAGGUCCACGCCUGGAUUUGUUGGUGCUGACUUGGCAGCUCUAGCUAACAAAGCGGGUAACCUUGCUAUGAAGAGAAUUAUAGACAGAAGGAAAUCUGAGCUUUCCAGAGAACCUGCAGAUGGGGAUCAUACUGAAGAGUGGUGGAGAUAUCCAUGGUUGCCAGAAGAGAUGGAGAAGCUUAGUAUCACCAUGGCUGAUUUUGAGGAAGCUGCUAAAAUGGUUCAACCCUCUUUAAGAAGAGAAGGAUUCUCUGCCAUUCCUAAUGUAAAAUGGGAAGAUGUUGGAGGACUUGAUGUGUUGAGACAGGAAUUUGAUCAUUAUAUAGUUAGACGCAUAAAAUAUCCCGAGAAUUAUGAGGAAUUUGGAAUCGAUCUAGAGACAGGAUUUUUGCUUUAUGGGCCUCCAGGCUGUGGUAAAACGUUAAUUGCCAAGGCUGUUGCUAAUGAGGCAGGAGCUAAUUUCAUACACAUUAAGGGCCCCGAACUUCUAAAUAAAUAUGUCGGAGAAAGCGAGUUGGCAAUUCGGACAAUAUUUAGUCGCGCAAGGACAUGUUCUCCAUGCAUACUUUUCUUUGAUGAGGCAUACGCUUUGACAACUAAGCGUGGAAAAGAAGGGAGUUGGGUUGUAGAGCGGCUCUUAAACCAGCUAUUGGUAGAGUUAGAUGGUGCAGAACAGAGACGGGGUGUUUAUGUGAUUGGUGCCACAAAUAGGCCUGAGGUGAUGGACCGUGCUGUCUUGCGGCCUGGAAGGUUUGGGAAACUUUUAUAUGUCCCUCUGCCCAGUCCAGAUGGGCGUGGAUUAAUCUUGAAAGCUCUUUCUAGGAAGAAACCUAUAGAUGCCAGUGUUGAUUUGAUAGCUAUUGGGAGGAAUGAGGCUUGCGAAAACUUAAGUGGAGCAGAUCUUUCUGCACUGAUGAAUGAAGCUGCAAUGGCUGCCCUGGAAGAGAAACUGUUAGCUCAGGGCACUUCAGAUGCCAUUCCAUUGACCAUCACGACAACACAUUUCAACCGGGCAUUGGAGAAGAUCUCCCCAUCUGUGUCAGACAAGCAAAAACAAUACUAUCAACGUUUGUCGGAUAGCUUCAGAGCAGCCUGAUUGCUGAGUAGUGUGUGAUAGUUUUGAGUUGUCCAGACUCAGAUUCUACUGCAAAUGUCAAGGUGUCAAACUCUAUUGUAGAAGAUGCAUUCCAAUAGAAAACCAUAAUACGCCACUCAGAUUCUAGUGCAAAUGUCAAAGGUGCCAAACCCUAUUGUGGAAGAGCUAUUCCAAUACAAAACCAUAAUAGGUCACUACAUCUUAGGAUUGAAAUAGUUUGUCAGGCUUGUAUUUGAUGCAUCUGUGCCUGUACUCUCCAUCUUGGGAAAAAGUUUUGGCUAUAGCACCAUCGCUUGGUUUUUGUAGUACUGUUUCUCUUUUUGUGAAAUCAAAUUUAGUUAUUGUACAAUGUGUUUCAAUAGUUUGUAAAACAGAAAGAUGUGUGCAAUUUUGAGCCAUUUCAUUUUUCAUUCA